ACAUUGUUUGUUUUCAUUGAGGGCCGGAGGCAGUGCGCAACUGCACUGCGGUGAACUGCAGUAUUUUAUUAUAAUUUCAUUUUAUAGAAGUUAACUCACGUUAAUUCAUACGUAUUGUACAUUUUACGCUCUGCGGUAAUUCGUGUUAUGUGUAAAGUAUUGAUUAUAUCCAGAACCAUGUUGACAGUUCGCAGAACUGAAUUUAGUCCUUACAAGGAGCUAAUUGAAGCAUGCCCGUCGGAGUGAUGAUAUGUGUCAACUGUGUUAGAAUGGAUUAUGAUGUAGAAGAAGGGACGAUACCAAGAGAUUUUAUUGAAUACGACUUUGCCGAAGAUGCACUGGAUUUUGAGUCUCAACUGGCAGAGGCCCGGGAUGUUAAGUUUACGCACACGCUGGUAGAGCCGCUAAGUAUCGGAUCACACAUCGUAUGCACGGGCACGCCCAGCGACGAUUUACCAUGGUUUGCAGUGAACAUAGGAAGUGGGGAUGUGGAGUCUGGGAAAGGCGACAUCGCCGUGCAUUUCAAUGUACGUCUUCCACAAUGUUACGUGGUUCGAAAUACGCGGCGGAACGGUAAAUGGGGACCCGAGGAAACUACUGCAUUCAGAUUGUUUCCUUUCAAAAUAGACCAGCCAUUCACGAUAGAGAUAGUAGUAGACGAGAAGGAGACGCUAUGGGCAGUUGACGGGAUGCAGUAUUGCAGCUAUGCUCAUAGAAACCCGAACCCAUUUGCCGCGCAGUGGGUGCAAGUCACAGGCGUCAGAGAUGCCACGCUUAACGUCAACAAGACUGAUAUAUUCCCUACGUUAGCGCCACCCCCCGCUGAAGUACCCUUUAGAGCUAGUAUAGAUUCAUUACGAGAAGACUCCGAGCCGACGUGGCACGCGAACGUCAUCGCGACACUGACGAAAGGCAUUCCUGAAGGAUAUCAACUUGUUAUUUACGGCAGGCUCCGUCCGCUGCUGCACUCGUUCGCGAUCGACCUGAUGGACUACGCGAGAGAGUGGCCGCGCGCUAACGUGCUGGCUCACGUCAACGUGCGCGCCUACUUCGAGUCGCAGCGCGAGCGACAGCUCGUCGUGCUCAACGCCUGGCUCGGCGACUGGGGGCCCGAGCGCAGGCAGAGGACCGCCAGGCUUAUACCCGGCACAUAUACGAAGCUACGAAUAAUUCGUCAGGCAGCUGAUUGGGCGGUAUACGCAGACGACUUCCUGAUAGGCGAGCUGGAGUUCCGCGCUGCCGCCGCCGGCGUACGCGCAGUGCGCGUGCGCGGAGACCUCUUCCCCGAACAGAUGUACCUCUGUCCAGCCACCAGUUCCCCCAUACGAGAAUAAUCCUGCGAACACUAUGUUAUUAUACGAUAGCAUGAUGUAACGAUGUUACGUAACUACACUGCCUCUGGAGGUCUAUGCUCUAAAAAAAGUCAAAGCUGUGUUAUAUUUUAUUAUGUAUACGUGCAACGGCAGAUUACGCAUUUAGAGGAUUUGCCUGAGUAAUCAUUUCGCAUCUAAAGUGUGAGCUUAGAUGCUAAAUAUUAUGCAAAUAAAUAUAAAACUGUAAAUUAGUGGCAAAAUGCUGUUAACCAUUUAUAAAACAUUUAUUAUCGACCUUGUCAAUUAUAAUAGGUUUAUGUACAAUAAGUUUGUUAUUAUUGCAUUUAAAACUAUGUACUUUUUUAAUUACUCGUUGUUAUAAUAGCAAUAGAUCUGCUUGAAUAUGACUGAUCUUUGAAUCUUUGAUUGUUGCUUAGAAAAGAUUUUUUUCAAGUACAUUUCACCAUAGUCUAAUUUUUGGUCAAUCUGCUAGACAUUUAUAUGGGUGUAUCUUAUGUACCUUAUAGAGAUCUUGAUAUUACGAGAAAAAGUUGUUUUUUGGGGCGAUAUGUUAGUAAUUAGUACGAGAUUGUCUAAUUUUAUGUGAAAAUGUUGAUUUAUAAUUUCAGUGUAUAAUCUUAAUAGCAACUUAUAAAAAUCUAAUUUAUGACACUAGAAAUUGAACUCAUAACUAAGGACACUUUAUAUUAUACAUAUAUUAUUUACAUAAGUUUUAAGAUAUCACAAGUAUUUGUAAGUUUUUAAUUCUGAGUUGGACCAAAGAAAUUAUACGACGCGUGAUUAUUUAGUAACCAACUUAAUUAAUACCAAGAUGCGUAUUUAGUUAUUAUCUCUGGCCUAGCGUUUUCUUCUUCCUCUACCAAAUAAAUGUUGAAAUGUUA